GUGGUCCCCUCUCUCCUAUCCUUUCCCAUGUUACAGUGAAGCAACAAUAUAUACAAAAACACAAUCAAUUACAGUAAAUGUUACAAAUACAAAAUAUUCAUAUUAUAAACAUACAUCUCUCUCUCUCUCUCUCUCUCUCUCUAAAUAUCACACAGUCACUCACACAUACACACACACAUUGCUACUCCAGAUUUUCUCUUGCCUCCUUGCCUCACAGCCUGUCAAGCCUGAAUUAUUAACCCCAUGAUUACAGUUUUAAAAUUGAGCUGGUUCCUUUGUUGUUUCUUAGUAAAGGGUUGAAUGGUUCUUACCUUCUAAGAGAUUUGAUGCUGUCUAUGAGCUUUCUCCGGAUUCCAUAGUUGGUGCACUGUUUGGAUUGAUCCCUCCUUUGUCUCAGAAAUGAUUCAAGGAGGAUCAUGAAAUAAUUGGCCACUUGUAAUAUUGGUCUUAUUUUUAAGGCUGAGUUAUGGGUAAAAAUGUUGGCAUGAGGGAGGAAGAUGCUCAAUGACCAUCAUCAGAGAAAGCUGCAAUUUUGGUACUUAUUUCAGGCAUGGGAACCAAAAUUGAAUAUUCCAUAAAUCUUCUAGCAACCUUUGUAGACAGCAACAACUUAGCUGUGGGCGGUGUGGAUGUCUGGGAGCAUUAUCAGAACAAAGGGCUGACCAAUAACUGUCACAGGAUUGGAAUCAAUAAAUUGGGAGGUCCCAUGGAUAGGAUGCUUGAUAGAAACAAUAUAGAAUCCAUCAAAAAGACAAUGCAGAUGCAUGAGGACAUCUUCAAACACCAGGUAAGAGAACUACACCGGGUAUACAGUGUGCAAAAGAAGCUGAUGGAUGAGCUCAAAAACGGAAUUAGACAACAGAAAUUUUGGAACCCCACGAAUGUCAUAGAUGUAAGGCAUCCUCAUGCCAUUGAACAGCAGCAUCAAACAACACAAAAUUCAUAUGGCUAUGAUUUCAAUAUUAAAAGUUUGAGAGAGGAUAUGAGCUCAAUAGAAAGGAGUGAAAGCUGCUCUGAAGACACAAUCAAAAUGAGAAGAGGUUUUGAUCUCGAAAAGCCUGCUGAGGAAGACAUUUUUAUUAGAGUGCGUGGCUUUGAUGAAGGUGAGGCAGGGCCUAGCUCCUGUACUGCAUUUCAGAGUUGUAAAAUAAGUUCUGGUGGCUCUGAUAAAGAAAUGGAAGUGGAUUUGACACUAAGUAUAGGAGGUAGCCAGGUUAAAAACUCUCAUCUACCUCAAUUAGCAUGCUCAGACUCACCCAGUGGGAAAACUAGGGAACUCAAUUCAUCUACCUCCCACAAAUCAGAUAGAGUAGGAGAAUGCAGUGACCCCACUACCCCAAUAAGCAGUUCCACUGUGACUUUUACACAGGAAAGAAAGGGGCCACAUUGGCUUUCUCAAGGUUUAAAGCUUAAAUAGCAGUUUAACUCGUUUGUUCUUAUCUUUUCAACUCUACACAUGGACCACCGAAUUUAUAUGGUUCAUGCAUUCAGAUUCCUAGAUUAGUUUCUACUUUAUUCCAAUAAACAAAACAAAGAGUUUAUACACCUACUUCUGUAAAUAGAUAGUUAAUUUGCGGUACUUCUCUAAUUAUUUUCAUGUCCAACAGGUUCUUUUCUAGCCUAAUGUUGUUGUAAAGGUUGA